AAAAUAUAUUUCAGCAGCAGCAGCAUUCUGGUGCCUCAACUCAAUUCGACAUCGCAGGGAAAUUCAAUCCGUGAUGGCUACUCCGGAGCAGAUCCAGGCGGAAAAGGCUGCCCGCCGAACCGCCAUCCGUAAUGAGUACUGGCGAACGAUGACCAACCCCCAUGCGCAUCUUCACGGUGAAAGUACCGGUGUGUUCGAUACCGGUUUGGCCAGAUUCCAAGCCAUGCGAGUCAACCACUACGAGCAUUUCAAGCCGACGGGAAAAAGCUUCAGACUCGGAUUGUUCGGUACGGUAAUCCCGAUCGUUGCCUACGCUAUAAUGCUGAAAAAAGAACGCGAAGGACGGGAACAGCAGUAUCGCACCGGAAAGGUGGCCUACAAGGACCGUCAAUUCAAGUUUAUCUAAAGCGGACGUAUUUCGGCACAGUAGGAUUUCGAUUUGAGGAGAAUAUGUAAAAAAAAUAGCCUGAUAGGUAAUGGUAAUAAAUAUGAAAGCUUAUUUAUUUCUCCUCCAA